AUGGCAUCACCAAGCCAAACCCAAGGAUCGGUGCCUCCAACCCAACCUCCUCUCACACCACCUGCCGAAGCCACCACAAACGGUGUCGCGCCCGCCCCCCAGGCUCAACCCAGUACCCAAGCCGCAGCCCCCCAACCCUCAACAGCACCACAAGCCCCACAAGUCCCGGGGACAUCAAUCCAAGAUAGCGGGAAAUCGCGACGCCCACGCGACGUGCGGCUGGUCCACAUGCUCCUCGCCUCGCUAGGCGUAACCGCCUACCAAGACCGGGUCCCUCUCCAACUCCUCGACUUCGCAUACCGCUACACCGCCAACGUCCUGCAAGAUGCCGUGCAUCUCGCCACAGAAGGUUACGCUGCAGCAACAGACGGCGCAGCCGGCCCCAAGGGCUCCGCCGAAGUCAGUAGUGUAUCCCUGCCGGCACUGCGUCUGAGCAUUGCCUCGCGCCUGCACUUUCAGUUCCAGACCGGGCUGCCAAAGGAGUUCCUGAUGGAUGUUGCGUCGGAGCGUAACCGGAUUGCGUUGCCUGGUGUUUCGCGUGGCUUUGAUCCCGCUGCUGCUCCGAAUGGGGCGCCCAAAGAUGCUAACCAGAGUGUUUCGGUAGGAGGGCUGCGCUUGCCUCCCGAGCGCUUCUGUCUUACUGGCUUGGGGUGGAAUAUGAAGGAUGAGUGGGACAGUGAGGGCGAAGAAGAGGUGCCUGACGCACCGCCGCUUGCAGCUGGGAAUGGUGUUGUUUCUGGUGACGUGGCUGGGGAUAAUGAGGAGGGUGGUGAUGAAGAAGAGGACGAUGGGAAGAUGGAGGAUAUCUUCGGCGAAGAUACCACCAUGGGCGAGGCGGGUGGUGAUGAGGAUCGGAAUAUGACUGAUGUUUAA